CUCAACGCGAGCCGCAAUAUGACCCGAGAGCAUGGGGGCGAAAAAAUAGGAAAUCGAUGAUAAACUCGCUUUUCUCGCGGGAUAUCUUACUCUCGUGGGAUCCUUCCUAGCUCCUCUGUCAACAAGUACCUCUGAGGGAACGCAUGCGCAAAUUCACUUUCCUCCUUGACCCUCGCCGAAAAAAAGUUUUCCUUCUCGUGCUUUAUUUUAUUUCUUUUCGUUUUUGUUUCCGUGAGCCCCGCCUGCUCCUUGCACUUCCGGUUCAGUCGGUGCGGGGGCUGUCUGGGAUGGUCCUGGUGGCGGCGGUCCUUGGCUUGGGAGCGGCGACUUGAUGGUCUUUCCAGUACUUGUAUUUUAGAUUGAAGCUAGCACUAAUGCUAACAUUGGCAAGCAAACUGAAACGGGAUGAUGGUGUCAAGGGCUCCCGUACUUCCAAUCCCAUUUCAGACUCUACUCGAAGAGUGUCAAUUAGAGAUAAAUUGCUUGUUAAAGAAGUUGCAGAACUUGAAGUAAAUUUACCUUGUACAUGUGAAGUGAAUUUUCCUGACCCAAAUAAACUCCAUUUCUUUCUCUUAAUCAUAAACCCAGAUGAAGGUUAUUAUCGAAAUGGAACAUUUCAGUUUGAAAUAGAGGUUCCUGAUGCCUAUAAUAUGGUUCCUCCCAAGGUAAAAUGUUUGACAAGAAUCUGGCAUCCAAAUAUAACUGAGACAGGGGAAAUCUGUUUGAGAGGUGCACGAUGGACGUGUCUUUCAGUUCCUGAGGAAUGGAAUCUUGUUUCCAGAAGGAUCGAAACAACUGGUUUAUUGAGAGAACAUUCUAUUGAUGGCACUGGCUGGGCUCCAACUAGAACCUUAAAGGAUGUUGUUUGGGGAUUAAACUCUUUAUUUACUGAUCUCUUGAAUUUUGAUGAUCCUUUAAAUAUUGAAGCUGCAGAACAUCAUUUACGUGACAAGGAGGACUUCCGAACUAAAGUUGAAGAUUACAUUAAGCGCUAUGCAAGAUGAUGAUGGGAGAUGGAUAGCAAGGCCAUGACCUGCACCUUGAUGUUUUCCUAAAACUACCAACACCAAAAAAGAGGGGUUUUUUUGUCUUGUGUUCAUGUUGUUCUAAUGAAGAAAACAAUCCUCUUUGUUAAAUGAAAAGUUCAUCUAUACAGUAAGAAAAUGAUGUAUGUUGGCUACAAAAAGCUGUUUAACUUUCAGCAAUCUCUUUUUGAAAUUGUAUCAUAUAUUCAGAAGUGAGAUCUCCUCGAUACUAAAGAAAAAGCCCUACUAAGAUCAUUUAUUCAUUUUAAAAUGUUCUUAAUAGCUAGUACGGAAUAUUUAAGUAUGGCAAUAAAUAAAUGUGGGCCAAAAUUGAAAUGACAUGUCAUGCAUUAUAUUGAAUACAUAUGUUAGCUCUGUCUGCUGUUGCUGUUAAAGUUGAAAUUGCUGAUACUAGUUCAUUUUUUUAUCUACUGUUUUAAAUUUGCAUUUACUGUGCAAAGCACUUACUGAAACCAAGGCUGAGUCUGAACACACAUAAAUACAGUGUAUUUCUUUUUAAAAAUAACUAUUUUACAUGCAAAUGUAAUGAAAGGUAUAAUAGUUUUUAAAUACCUUUAGCUUCUGGUGUGGAGAAUUGAUAUUUCAGGUUAUUAUAAAACUAACUUUAAUUUUCUGGUACCAAAGCUUUAGAAGCUAAUCUUUGAGUUCAAAUUAAAGCUGAUUGUAAUGUAACAGUAACACUGUAAGAAGCCAAAUUUUUCAGGAUAAACAUGGUAAAGAACUUUCAAUAUAACUAGCUCUAUCUCAUGUAAAGUAUGUAUGAAUUGCAAAACCAUUUGGGUUGAGGAUACACUGUUUAGGUAUAUUUAAAAGCAGAUGCUUUUAUGUACUUCAUAUUUUAUCUUAACUAUUUUUCGAUACAAUGACCAUUCUAAACAGUGAGAGUCGUACCCCUCAAAUAAUUUAAAAUUAAUUAAAUUAUUGCCAAAGUAGAGACGAAUAAAUGUUUGUUUAGUUUCAUACACAUUGUGUGCAUAAUAUUUCUGCCUCAAUUUUUUUCAUAUGGAAGAAUCUAAUUUAUUAGGCCCUUCUGUAAGUUCUCAAUGCAGUAAAACUUCAAUUUAAUGGUCUCAUUAGGAGAAAGGUGUCUAUAAAAGCAGGAUGUCUGCUAAUUCUGAAUAGAAUUUUAUCUAUGCAUAUUUUAUGCAUUUUUUAAAAAAUGUAAAAUUGGAAUGAGAUUUUAUGCAUGUUUGGAAUGAUGAAUAGGAUUUUAUGGAUGUCCAGAUUUUCAUCAUAGUAUCUGAAGUCUGAACGUGUAUUAAAUCAAAGAUUUACUACAUCAUCGUACUUUAAACUUUGAUAGUGAGUUUAUUAUAACUACACCUCAGUAAAUUCUAUCAGUCAUGAAUGAAGGAGAAUACAUACAUGUCCCAGGAUAAUGUUGCAGGAUCCAAUCUGAAUCGGUCAGCAGGACCAGAGGUUUAAGUCUUCUGAGUUUUCGGACUCAUGUUGGAGCCCAUUUUCAGGGAACUUCUUUCUAAGUGUGUGUACUGUUUUCUGUGUUGUGUUUGUUGUAUGUGGCUUUGCAGAUGUUUAUUGGAUAUGUUGAUGGCUUGCUAUCAACCAUCAAGCCAGCCAUAAAACACCCCAAUCAACAUCUAAAAAGCCACAUACAAUAGACACCAUAUAAAUAUCACACACAGCACACCUUCUGCUGGAGAGAAGUUCCCUGAAGAUGGGCUCAAGCACAAGCCCAAAAACUCAGAAGACAGAACCUUUGGUCCCGGUGACCAACCCAGAUUGGAUCCAUCAUUAAUGUAAUGAUAUUUAAAACAAACAAGAAUUGGAAUGAGAAUUAAUUAAAUAAAUGGAUUAAAUGUUCAUUGCAAUUAAUGGUCCUUAGAAAACGCUUAAUUUGUUCAAAUAGAAGUUUGUUUCAAAAUAAAAAGUAUUUCUUUGAAAUUUGAGUUACUCAGAGGUUUUGAGAGAAAAAAAUAUCUGUUGCCUAUAUUUGGGAAAUUAUUUACAAAUAUUCUGAGAUAAUAAUAUAGAUAGAAA